CUUCCCUUCCUUUUUUAUACUUUUAGAAAGAACAUCAUUAUAAUUUUGAUUAGAUGGCCAAAUUUUGGUUACCUUCCCAAAAGAGCAAUAUUUCAAUAUUAAUGUAUGAAUAAUGUUUUUUUUUUUUUUUGGAUUGACACCAUCAUCCGUUUCUCAUUGUCAUUGAUGAUUUUCCUCGGUUUCCUCGGCUCAAAACAAUGGCGACAAGACAGCCCCAGCCCCGUAAUUAAAUUUUCCGUUGAUUUCCGUCUCCGUCCUUAAUCCUCCACGAACCACCUCUCCUUUUCUCUCCCAGGGAUGGGUUCUCUUCAUCUUCAUCUUCCCCAGCUCUUGGCUCUGCUGACGGUUACCCUGUUCUUCUCUGCUUCCGCUGCCUGCUCCAAUGGAGGAUGCAAGCUUCUUGAUGAAUGCUCGGCGAACAGUGACUGUGAGGCAGGGCUGUACUGUUUUUCCUGCGCAGGAGGAUUCUCCGGUUCAAGAUGUGUGAGAUCCUUCUACACAGACCAGUUCAAGCUCCUGAACAAUUCUCUUCCCUUCAACAAGUACGCUUACUUGACAACGCACAAUGCCUUUGCGAUCGACGAUGGAGAGCCUCGAUUGACCUUUACGAAUCAAGAAGACAACGUCACUCAGCAACUAAAUAACGGAGUCCGAGCACUGAUGUUAGAUACGUACGACUUCAAGGGAGAUGUGUGGCUUUGCCACUCUUUUGGUGGGAAAUGCCAUGAUUAUACCGCAUUUGGGCCCGCAAUCGAUACCCUCAAGGAGAUCGAAGCAUUCUUGUCCACAAACCCAGCGGAAAUCGUGACUCUGAUACUAGAGGACUAUGUUCAGGCACCAAAUGGGUUGACGAAGGUCUUUACUGAUGCCGGACUAAAGAAAUAUUGGUUCCCUCUCACAAACAUGCCAAAAAAUGGCCAAGACUGGCCGCUCGUCAGCGAUAUGGUAGCAAACAACCAGAGGCUUCUCGUGUUCACCUCGAGUGAAUCAAAGGAGCAGAGUGAAGGCAUUGCCUACCAAUGGAACUACAUGGUCGAAAAUCAAUACGGGGAUGGAGGAAUGAAAGAAGGGACCUGCCCCAACCGGGGAGAAUCAUCGGCAAUGACCGACACGAGCAAAUCACUGAUCUUGGUGAAUUACUUUCCUUCUGUCCCUAUCAAGCAAAUCUCCUGUGAGAACAACUCGGGAGACCUCAUCAACAUGCUUCGAACUUGUUAUGGUGCUGCUGGGAACAGAUGGGCUAACUUUGUCGCAGUCGACUUUUAUAAGAGGAGUGAGGGAGGAGGGUCAUUUCAAGCUGUGGAUACCCUCAACGGGAAGCUGCUGUGUGGAUGUGAUGAUGUGCAUGCAUGUGUGCCCGGGUCGACCUCGGGAGCAUGCACUCCUCCAUAAGUGUAAGAGGAUCAACCUACAUGACGGAGACGGUACAUUCCGCAAUCACUUGCAAGGUUUCCUGAGAUUUAAAAGAAAUUAUGCAAUGAAUUAUAAAUUUCACCUUUUGUUUAUCAGUACAUUUAUCCUA